AUGUCGCAGGUUCUCGCGUCCAGCCAGGCGGUCUACGACUUUGAGGUGAUGCGCAGCGACCACGUGGUGGGCAUGACCCUCCGCAACCCGUCCAAUGUGGUGCGCGACAUCAGCCGCGGCGGGGCUUCGGAGCGGACCGGGCUGCUACAGCCGGGCGAUGUCAUCAUCGCCGUCGACGACGAGCCGCUCGGAGCAAAGAGCGUGGCAGAGGCGCACAUCAGCCACGGCCCCGAGACGUCGCUCACCAUCCUUCGCGCCGAACCGCUGCGCGUUUCCUCUAUCUCCCUCGCUCCGCCGCCUUUCCUGCGGCUGCACCUCGAGAGUGAUGCCUCGAGCACCGCCCGCUCCUCUCCCGCCCCCGAGCUAGACCCGCCGCCGGCGACUCUGCCGACGACAACAGCGACGGCCGCACGGGAGCCGGCCACGACGCCCGCGCCUACGCUCGGGCCGACGCGCGCACUUCCUCCCAUCGUGAUGGGCCUUGGCUAUUUUUUGUUUGAAUCCCGGAGGCCGUUCGAACAUGACGUGGCGUUCCACGUGCCCGUCCCCAGCAAGGACAAUAUGCUAGCCCAGCAGGCCGCUCCCACCGCCGCCCGCGGCGGAGGCAAGGCGGCAAAGGGUGGCAAGGGCGGCGGCAAGGGCGGCGGCAAGGGUGGUGGCCGUGUGGCGCACCAGACCCACUUUGCGCCGCCGCCCUCAACGCCCGAUACUCGGCGCGAGGGGCGCCAGAACGGCAUGUGUACUGGUGCUGGGUGCCGAACGGGCUUUUUUUAA